GCCUUCGUUACUUUGUACUAUACGCUAUACUGUUCUAUACGGCCUCGAAGUCUCGAACUAGGAACUACAGUGGGAAGUGGAAGCAGAAUCCCACUCAUGGAGCUGUUCAAGAUCCCUAGUUACCCCUCACUCCCAUUCUGACCUUUCAUCCUUUCUCACUUUUCUGGUUCCGAUUGCGUGUUUUGGGAGCAAUAGCGAUGGAUUCCGACAACAGUCUCCCGCUGAGCGAGCGACCGGAGUGGUCGGACGUAACUCCGCUUCCGCAGGACGAUGGUCCGAAUCCGAUUGUGGCGAUCGCCUACAAAGAAGACUUUUCGGAGCUCAUGAAUUACUUCCGAGCUGUUUAUCGAUCAAACGAGCGUUCUCCUCGCGCUCUCCGCCUCACUGCCGAAGCCAUUGCCAUGAAUCCUGGCAAUUACACUGUCUGGCAUUUCAGGCGUUUGAUUCUCGAGACUCUUAAUGUUGAUUUACAUGAUGAACUGAAUUUCCUUGACGAUAUUGCUGAGUCUAACACCAAAAACUAUCAGAUAUGGCAUCAUAGGAGAUGGGUCGCUCAGAAACUGGGAACUGAUGCUUCAAGCAAAGAGCUUGAAUUCACCAAAAAAAUUCUCUCCCUUGAUUCCAAAAAUUAUCAUGCCUGGUCUCAUAGACAGUGGGUUCUUCAGGCACUGGGUGGAUGGGAAGAUGAACUUAACUAUUGUCACGAGCUCCUAGAGGAAGAUGUUUUUAAUAAUUCUGCAUGGAAUCAGAGAUACUUUGUCAUAACCAGAUCUCCCUUACUGGGUGGCCUAAAAGCCAUGAGAGAGUCUGAAGUGAGUUAUACUGUCGACACCAUUCUUGCUCAUCCUGAAAAUGAGAGUUCUUGGAGAUAUCUGCGCGGACUUCAUGCGGGUGACACACAGUCAUGGAUUAUUGCUCCUCAAGUUUCUUCUGUCUGCUUGAAAGUUCUGAGCAGUAAAAGUAACUUUGUAUUUGCUUUGAGCACCCUGUUGGAUCUUCUCUGCCAUGGUUUCCAAUCAAGCCAAGAGUUCAGAGAUGCCGUUGAUGCUUUGAGGAUACCAGACGACAAUCAAACAGAUUCCAACCUAGCCAAAACUGUGUGCUUAAUCUUGGAACGUGUUGAUCCGAUCAGAGUUAACUACUGGCUUUGGCAGAAGAGCAAGCUUCCUCAGUAACGAGGUCAAUUCAUUAGCUUCUUUCAGCCAUCACUGAGGUUCAUUUUAAUGUCCACUGUUGAGAGUUGGAUUGAAUAUCCACAGUUCUUGGUGACCAAAUCUUGAGAAUUAUACUCUGCCACUGAAGAUAACUCUCUAAUUCAACGUGAUUUCCGUAAGAAAAAAAAAGAAAAAGAAAAAGAAACUUUCUUUUUGCUGGUGGGCUACUUUCUGUUUUGCUUGUAUCUGAAAAUAUGAAAUAUCAAACCAAGUUUUGUACAUUCAAUAUCAUUAUAAUUCUUUCGCAAUUUAUACUAAUGUACAUUAUGCAGCAAUAUGAUAUUGUGAAAUUUGAAAA